AUAUUUUCCAAUUUGUCCUUGGAUGAACGUUGCCUUUCUGCCUCAUUGGUCUGCAAGUACUGGCGUGACCUUUGUUUGGAUUUCCAGUUCUGGAAGCAGCUGGAUCUUAGCAGUCGUCAGCAGGUCACUGAUGAAUUAUUGGAAAAAAUUGCAUCCAGAAGUCAGAAUAUAAUUGAACUCAACAUUUCUGACUGCCGCAGUAUGUCUGACACCGGAGUGUGUGUUUUAGCAUUUAAGUGUCCUGGACUCCUUAGGUACACAGCCUACAGGUGUAAACAGCUCUCUGACACCUCCAUUACUGCGGUUGCCUCUCACUGUCCUUUACUGCAGAAAGUACACGUAGGCAACCAGGACAAACUUACUGAUGAAGGACUCAAGCAGCUGGGCUCAAAAUGCAGAGAACUCAAAGACAUUCACUUUGGCCAGUGCUACAAGAUCUCAGACGAAGGCAUGAUUGUUAUAGCUAAGGGCUGCCUGAAGUUACAAAGAAUAUACAUGCAGGAAAACAAAUUGGUGACAGACCAGUCAGUGAAGGCAUUUGCUGAGCACUGCCCUGAACUCCAGUAUGUUGGCUUUAUGGGUUGUUCAGUUACUUCCAAAGGAGUCAUUCAUCUAACCAAGCUGAGAAACCUGUCCAGCUUGGAUCUGCGCCAUAUCACCGAACUGGAUAAUGAAACCGUGAUGGAGAUUGUGAGGAGGUGCAAGAACCUGAGCUCUCUGAACCUCUGUCUGAACUGGAUCAUAAACGACAGGUGUGUGGAGGUCAUUGCCAAGGAGGGACAAAACCUGAAAGAGCUGUACUUGGUGUCCUGUAAAAUCACCGAUUAUGCACUGAUCGCCAUUGGGCGAUACAGCGUGACCAUAGAGACGGUGGAUGUUGGAUGGUGUAAAGAAAUCACAGAUCAAGGAGCCACCCUGAUUGCACAAAGCAGCAAAUCCCUGAGAUACUUGGGGCUGAUGAGAUGUGAUAAAGUCAACGAAGUGACCGUGGAGCAGCUGGUACAGCAGCACCCCCACAUCACUUUCAGCACUGUUCUGCAGGACUGCAAGAGGACCUUGGAGAGAGCCUACCAGAUGGGCUGGACCCCCAAUAUGUCUGCCGCCUCCUCCUAACGCUCUUGCCCGUGCCUGGGCCUCCUGAGGCCGUUGAGCAGGGCAGAGAAAUGGGAGGAGGGUGUGUGGCUGGGAGAGGGAAACUUUUGGGAAGGUUUUAACCACCGCCUGUCUGUGUCUGUCCCCGUGUUAUAUUUGUGUCUUGUUUGCAUACUGCGCACAGCAUAAGUGCACUUGUUAUGUCCCCAGGUGAGCUGGCUUGUUUUCCUAAAAAUGGAAAAUUAUGAAAACCACAAAAACCUUUUUUUAAUUCAAAAGUUUAUUUCUCUAAAAAAAAGACUUUGUGAAGUCUCAAGUCAGAAAACUGGGUGUAUUUUGAGCUUCCAAGUUCUGCCACAUCUCGGAGAUGCUGGGCAAAAGGCUUUCUUUUGUGAUGGAAUACACUGUUCACUUCCAGUGAGGCCGGAAGAGAAGUGAUGUCGCUCUAACUAGAAGCCUGGAGAUGAGAACCCUUCAAAAUCUGCAGUUCCACUCUCAAGUAUCCUCAUGCUUGUGCACGCGUGCUAAGUGAAUUUCUUGAUAAGUUAUUUCCUAACAGAGGGACCUUCCUGGAGGCCAUGGAGGGAGCAUCCCAUCCCUGAUGGUAAUGGCUGACUCACUGUGCUCACAGGUGGUCAACUUGCUGUCCCGUGGGUAACUUAGGAACUAGGGAAAAUAAAGCCUUUUGUAAAUUUGUAUAUGGAGGCAACAAUCUGAAGUUCCCUGGCCAGCUCACAAAAGUUAAUUAUUCAUUAUUCUGUAAAUGCAUUCUGUUGAGUAAUAAAUAUUUUAGUUGGUUUUACAUUAA